AUGAAGAUUAUCAUACUACGAAAAGGUUAUUUGUUUGUUGUAUCUAUCGUAUUAACAACAUGUAUGAAUUCAACUAGUCAUAAUUUAACAAUGAAUUCUUUAUCAAAACAACAUAAGAUAAAAGAAAGUGAAUUUACUUCUUCGAAAACUGUCAAUACAAUAUCAUCUCAAAUUAGAUCUUGCUCAAAGUGGAUUCGUGCAGGUGAGACAAUUGUAGGAAACGAAUUGAAUACACAUAUCAAUGAUCUGGAAAGAAUUGCAAUUAUUGGAAUUGAUACGUUGUAUGUUGUUGAUAGUUACAAUGACAAAACUCGAUUACAAAUAUUUCCAAAUGGAUCUCUUGUUGGUCAUACAUUGUGGAAUGAAUUCGAGUCUAUCAUUCUAAUCGAUGAAAAUGCAACCAUUUACACAGCUUCUUACAAUGGAAAUAUUCAACGUUGGUUUAAAGAUGCAAGACAAGGAGAGAAAAUAAAUUGUCAAUGUAAUCAAUGCUCUCGUGUAUGGUUCGAUUCAGAAAAUCAAGAUUUUUAUAUUGUCGAACGUUUUCAUUCUCGUGUUAUUAAAUGUAAUAUCCACACGAAUAGAACGAUAAUUGUAGCUGGAAUAACAAAUAUUGAUGGAUCUUCGAAUCAAACACUUUCUUAUCCGUAUAGUUUAUAUGUCAACAAUGCGAAGGAUAUAUACAUUAGUGAUGUGAACAACCAUCGAAUACAGAAAUGGACACAAAAUGCAACAAAUGGCAUUACGAUUGCUGGACAGACAAGAAAAAAAGAUCAAUCGAAUGGUUCUCUUUAUCGACCAUACAACAUUAUAGGUGAUAACAAUGGUUUCAUUUACAUUGCUGAUAUGAUCAAUCAUAGAAUUGUUCGAUGGAAAGAAGGAGAGACACAAGGAGAAGUUCUUUGUGGUAUCUCAGCCGAAAUUGUGAAAGAUCGAUGGUCAUUUAUUCGUCAACAACUACAUGCAUCCAAAGUUCAACUUCAAAACAGUGUUCCUCUUGGUCUUGGCUAUAAUCCAUUAAAAGGCUCUCCUAUUUGUUACACCAACUUUUGUCAAAGAGAAGGUUUUGCUUUACCUAUUUUCAAGUUUAAGUAUUUUGUUCCAUCUAAAGGAACUUGUACCAAUCAUUCCACAUCAGAAAAUGUGAGAAUCAAUUGUAUAGCCUCGAAGAAUGUUAAUAUCGAAACACAAAUUAUUAAUACAUUACGUGAUCUAAAAGAACAUAUGUUGAAAACCGUCGAUUGUUCAACUGAUUUUAUACAAAAUUCAAGAUAUGUUAAUGUUUCUUUCUCUUAUGCUUACUCAAGAGAAAUACACUCAAUAAUUGAUAUGAUCAUGAAAUCGAACCAAGUAUGGAUGAGAGAUGUUGCCAAAGAACUCUUUUCAGUUCAAAUGAAAUGA